GUGUUCAGAUCACAGCUCAGUAUUUCUUCAGUCAGUGAUCAAGAUGCCUACAGAGCAGGAUUACAGCCAGUUAGCCAGUGGAAAGCCUAUGGCCUCAAUGGGUAUCCAGGGUUUAUUUUCAUACCAAACCCUUUCCUUCCUGGCUGCCAGCGACACUGGGUGAAACAGUGUCUCAAGCUAUACCCCCAGAAACCCAAUGUCUGCAACCUGGACCUGCACAUGGCUCCUGAGAAGACCAUUGACCUGUGGGGACAGAGCAAGGAGCAACUAAGAAGGAAAGGUUCCAGUAAACGGGAGCCCAGAAGCUUAUUGGAGAAGCUGCGCUGGGUGACCCUUGGUUACCAUUAUAACUGGGAUACUAAGAAGUACUCAGCAAAUCACCACACUCCUUUCCCCUCAGACCUUGCAUUCCUGUCAGAGCAAGUGGCUGCAGCCUGUGGUUUCAGGGGUUUCCAAGCCCAAGCAGGGAUCUUGAACUACUAUCAUUUUGACUCUUCACUGGGAAUUCAUGUGGAUGAGUCUGAACUAGACCAUUCUCGGCCCCUUUUAUCGUUCAGUUUUGGGCAAUCCUCAAUAUUUUUGCUUGGGGGCCGUAAGCGGGAGGAGGCCCCGACGGCGAUGUUCAUGCACAGUGGAGAUAUCAUGGUGAUGUCUGGCUUGAGCCGCCUGCUGUACCACGCUGUCCCCCGCGUGCUCCCCAACCCUGAGGGGACAGCCGUGCCUUCCUGCCUCGACCAAGCACUUCCUUCAGACCUUCCUGUUGGCUCAGUCAUUGAACACAGCUCUGAUGAGGACUGGCAGGUGUGUGCCAAGUACCUGCAGUCUUCCCGCAUUAAUAUGACUAUUCGGCAGGUGUUGGCUGAGGGUCAGAAAUUUCCAGAGGAUUCUGACACAAAUGGAAAGGGCCAAGCACCCUCUGAAGACAGUCACCAUGAGGAGAACAGCAGAGGCAAGAGACAUAAACCAAAUACAGUCAGCUGAGACCAGGAGAUUGUGCUGGCAUGGACGGGACAGGCAACCUCCAUAUGGAAUUAGGACUAAUGUAAUAUUGCAAGUCACUUGUCUAUAUUGGGAUAAUAAACUUGUGCAGAAUAAAUGUAGUCCUGCUUGCUGUAAGAAAUAGGUGGGGGGAGAAAAAGAAUUUAAAAUGAAAAGAAGGGUUAAGUUCAGGACUGAGACUCAGGAGAUGAACUCUAUUGCCAUUUUGUUGCAGAUGUUUACUCUGUUCCCUUUAAAAUAUCUGUAUGGUUUAAGCAUUUGGUUAAGCUUAGUUUAAGCUUUGUGAGUGAUGCUCUUUAAGUAUUUUGAAAUCAUUAGGCAGAAAGCAUCAGCAAAAGAUACAUAUUUGCUAUGUAUUAAAGAAUCUUGUUUGGCUUGCAAAGCUCAGCUGAAGUGCAGUAGCAAAUAUAAAUGAGGAUAGGCUGCUAUAGGCAUGCUAUACAGCAUUUUGAAGAGAAUUACCUCUACAGCAAAAAUUGGUUCAGUGGUCAGAAACUGGCAGCUCCCUCAAAUGACAGCUGCUAUAAGCUUGCUGUAGUCCUGUGCUCUCCUUUUUCCUCUUACACCCUCUCAGCUGCAGCAGGAUCUGCUUUUAUGAGUGGUACUGGACAUUUUUUCGUAUCUCAGAUUUUAGAGAGAAACAACUGGGGGCAAUAUCUGCUUAGAAUAUCUAGUAGCUCCCAGCUGGGUCUCCUCCCAACAGAAAGUAUGUGACUGAGCCCAACAUCUCUAUUCUUUCAAAACUGCCCCCCCCCCUUGAGUGCCUGUGGAUUAUGGUUCCCAGUCCCAAGCUAGCAUCUUUAAGGAACAGAAUGACUUGCAAAUAGAAGCAAUGAAGUUGUAAAUUAAGUACCUAAAAAAUUAAUCAGUGACUAUCUCUGUCACCCGAAGAUAAAUAUAUUGAAACAAAGAAAAGCACAAGCUUUUGUGCCAGUUCUUUUUAAGACUCAGACUUUCCUAUCUGCUUUUUAAUGCAAUUUUAAUUGCUGGAGUGGAAUGCACUAUCCCUGGGGUAUUUUGUUGCACUUUCCCAAUGAAUAAA